AUGGCCUCUUCAUCAACGUUGAUAUACCUCGGACUUCCACCUGAUUACCGUCCUUCGCCGCAGGAUGAACCGCUUGAAUUUCUGACAAAACAUAUCAAGGAAAUUCCCCCGCAUCUCUUCAGUUACUUCUCCCAAUGCACCACUCCGAAGCAACGAACGACAAUACCGCUCAUUCGGAACAGACGAUUAAAAUACAUUGAAUCCAGCCCAGGUGAAUUCAAAUUCGAGUCUGCUAGGAAUACAUGGGCUGCGCUGUGGGAAGGGCAGGACCAUCGCGUUCUGUUCAAACAAUCCGCCGAGGAGGAAAAGGCAUGGGCGAAGAGGGAGUUCAUGUCCGGGUCGACGCAGCACGUAGGCAAGCUGGGGGAUCUGCUAGCUGGGUACGAAGAGGAGCGCCAAGCCGAGCACAUGAGGGAUAUACGCCGUGCGACACAGAGGGAGGAUCACUUCAUUCCUGAGGAAGACGACGACGAUUCUGAAGAUGAUUUACCUCCUGAUGUCGAGACGCCGGCCCAAGCACAGAGCUCCUUCCUGCGCAUGCUGAAGGAACGGUUUAUCUACGGCCUAUUAGAGGGAGCCAACUACGACGCUGCGGAUUGGAACGAGACGUGGGACGUCGAUGAGGACCGUGAUGCAGAAGAGAGGUGGUUCGCCGAUGAGGAGGACGAAGAUGAGAGCUAG